AGGAAAUGGGACGAUUUACCGUGGAACAGGCCACAGGGUUUUGCUUCAGCGUCUAUUUGUCGAGCGAUCCGGGAGACAGAUGUUCUGCGCCUCCGCAUUCUACAAGUUCUCUCUCAUGGCUUCCAAACACCACCGCCUCCAUCCAUUCGCAGAUGCGGCUCUACAGAGCGCCGCAAAAAGGCCGAGGAUGACAACGACGACGAAAGCUGAAUCCUCGUCAGCCAUGAAGGAUGCAUUCUCCAAAUACGCCGACUACCUCAAUGCCCUCAAUGACAAACGGGAAAGAGUGGUAAAAGCAAGUCGUGAUAUCACCAUCAAUAGCAAAAAGGUCAUAUUUCAGGUGCACAGAAUGAGUAAAUACAACAGAGAGGAGGUUCUUGAUAAGGCAGAAAAGGAUCUAGCUUUUGUGACGGAACAGUAUGUUGCUCGACUAAUAAAAGAACUGGAGGGGACUGAUUUUUGGAAGCUAAGACGAGCAUAUUCACCUGGGGUGCAGGAAUAUGUUGAAGCUGCGACUCUUUGUAAAUUUUGCAAAACUGGAACUCUUCUGAAUCUUGAUGAGAUCAAUUCUGCCUUGUCACCAUUGAGUGAUCCAUCUGUAGACCCGUUGCGGAUUAAUGUCCUUGACUAUCUCUUGGGGCUUGCUGAUUUGACAGGAGAGCUUAUGAGGCUGGCAAUUGGCCGGAUAUCAGAUGGUGAACUUGAAUUUGCAGAGAAAAUAUGCAGAUUUGUACGUGAAAUCUACAGGGAACUGACACUUCUUGCCCCCAGUAUGGAUGAUAGUCAUGAGAUGAAAACGAAGAUGGAUACAAUGCUCCAAAGUGUAGUGAAAAUAGAAAAUGCUUGCUUCAGUGUCCGUGUGCGAGGAUCGGAGUAUAUUCCCCUACUGGGUUCAGAUGUUCCCAGUUACUCCUUGCUAGGGGCGUCUGACCUGGAAUGAUCAAGUGUUCUCAUCUGGUAGCCAAUGGAGAAAAGAACUUAUCUAUGGUAAUGUGUUAGGAACUUAGAAAACAAAGAAGGCAUGCACGUUCGCCUAUUGAAUGGUCUUAAAGGCCGAUUAUUAAACCAUCUUCUUUCCUCCUUGUAAGUCCUGUAGAAUGCCAUCAUGUCAAAGUAGGCGUGAUUUUGGAAUGUUUUCAUGAAGGCAAGUUUUGUGUAUGGUUCUGUUUUUUGAAAAACGUAAACAUAAAUAAAGCUUGUUCUGGAGUAUUUUUUACUAUCAAAUCUUAGUUUAAGGAUCUCUCAGAUUA